UCCCCCCUCCCCCCAAAAAUGUCCAAAAUAUUUUUCUCCCUUUUUUUAUUUGUUUCCUUUUUUGCUUUAACAAUUUCCUUUGGAUUUGGCGGCCCAAAAGGCAAUAUCCUUAAAUUACUACCUCCUUUUAUUGGAAAUAUUACUCGAGAACAAAUUAGAGAAUAUAAUGAAAUUGUGGGAAAUAUAACUGCGACAAAGGCGCAGAUUAAAAGUGAAUUGCAGAAUUGGGCACAGAAUAAUGGAAUUUUGCAACCCUACAAUAACUUCACUUCACAAUUGCAACGAGAUGCUGAACAAUUCCAUGACAGAGUUGUCCAAAACCUGACAGGGGGAGCCUUGACGUUAUUUAACCAAAUUUGGAGUAUUCGUCAGGAUGAUACCAUAACUCGUUUGGCCGAAUGUCAACAAAUUAAAAACGCCUAUAAGCAAGCCUCCCCCGAAGUUCGUCAACAAGUGCCGUUUAUUCUUCCUUCAAUUUUGGGCCCACCUCCGCGUGGAUGUUGCUUUCCCCGUCCUUCUUCUCAUUCUAGCAGCAGCGAACAACAACCAACAGACAACACUCUGGAUGAUCAAGAACAGGAUAAUGAAGAUAAUUGA